GGCGAUUUUUUUUUUUUUUGAGACAAACAGAACAUAUGAGUAUUACUUUUACUGGAAGUCUCGUCUCGAGAGAACAGUGCAAACUGGAUAAUAAAUAAAUAAAAUGCAGUUGUGCCAAAGAAAUCGCACAUAAAAACAGUCAGCUCUGCGAGAAAACAGGGCAGCACCGCUCGCCUGAAGGCAAUAAAAAAAGUGUUUCUGCACUGAGGAAUUUCCAGUGUCGGGGGAAUUCUUGCCUUGCACAAUCCACUCUGCAUGCUAUAUGAACUGGGUCUUGUCCUAAUCUCUGACUCCGUCUGGCACACACCAUGAAGGUCCACAUAAUAUUAGCCGAUUCCUGCCUUUUAGUUCUGUUCACUGCUGUGUUACACGUUCGUUGUGAACAGCCAGUGAACUGUAGAUGGGGGCCCUUCGGACCCUGGUCUGACUGUGACGGCUGCACCAAGACGCAGGUCCGGGCGCGCUCACCGCAAACCUUCCCACAGUUUGGUGGGAUUCCCUGCACUGGGCAACCCGUUGAAAGACAAGCAUGUGUUCCCAAGAAAAAGUGUCCCCUGGAAUCAGGCUGUGGAAAUCGGUUCCGCUGUACUUCAGGUCAUUGUGUCAGUCAGUCACUGGUGUGUAACGGGGAUCAGGAUUGUGAGGAUGGCUCUGAUGAAUUCGGCUGUGACGAGUCCAGCAGCGCCAUCGUCUGUGACAGACAAAAGACUCCACCAAACUCUGACCUCACGGGAAAAGGGGUGGAUAUAUUGACGGGAGAUCUUAGAGCUGGUGUUAUAAACACAUACAGCUUUGGAGGCCAGUGCAGGAAUGUCUUCAGUGGAGACCACAGAUCUUUCUACAGACUCCCUCAGAAUCUCCUCAGAUAUACCUUCCAGGUUGGCGUUGAGAGUGACUUCACAGAUGAGUUCUACAACAGCUCAUGGUCCUAUAUGAAACAUGAGGAACACAGGCAGAAGAUCAGAGGAGGCCACAAUCACCGUACAUUUCACAAAACGCUUGACAAAACCAAGGCCUAUCACCUGUUGAUCAUUAAGAACGAAGUAGAGGUGGCCCAGUUCCAGAACACUGCUCCUGAGUAUCUCAGUUUGACUGAGGAGUUCUGGAAGGCUCUGUCUGCUCUUCCCAACACUUACGACGCUGCCGCUUACCGCUCACUCUUGCUGAGGUACGGCACACAUUACAUGGCGGAGGGCUCCCUGGGAGGACAGUACCAGCUCCUGCUGGAAUUCGACUCCAGCUCCAUGAAAGAGAUGAGCCAAACUGAUAUCGACUAUCACAAAUGCGUCACGCGUGUGAAGAGACGCCUGUUCUAUAAGAAGAGAAAAACAACUUGUGAGAAAAUUCUGAAGACGCUGAAGGAUUUCAAUUCAUACAGUCACCAGAAAAUGCCAGUGAAGACCAUAGUUAUUGGUGGACAACCCACUCUUGUUGGUCUGGGCUAUCUGGACCUGGAGAACCCUGAAGGUAACGGCCAGAUGUAUUCCAAAUGGGCGGAGUCUGUGAAGGACUUCCCUCAGCCAAUCAAACAGAAGCUGAGGCCUUUGUAUGAGCUGGUGAAGGAGGUGUCAUGUGCCGGACUGAAGAAGCUCCACCUGAAGAGGGCGAUUGAGGACUAUCUGGACGAGGAGGAUCCCUGCCACUGUCGGCCAUGCCACAAUAACGGAGAGCCGGAACUAAGGGAGGGCACCUGCACCUGCGUGUGCAAACCGGACACGAGCGGCAACGCGUGCCAGUACGGCCACGUGAUUGGAGGACAGCCAGGUGUAACCCAUGGGGGCUGGACCUGUUGGUCAAGCUGGGGAGCCUGUUUGCAAGGUCGAAAGUCAAGGACUCGCACGUGCACCAAUCCCCCUCCGAGAAACGGAGGAAAGUAUUGCGUGGGGCUGUCCACAGAGCAAAAGUCUUGUGAGGAUCCAGACUUGGAGCAUUUACGAUUCAUGGAGCCACACUGCUUUGAUCCUUCAUUGACUCCUGCGAAAUCAUGUCAGGCCCCACCUCCCGUGAGAAAUGCUUUUGUUCGGAGUCCUAGAGACCUUUAUCCAGUGGGCAGUAAGAUUGAAUACUCCUGUGUGGAGGGAUAUCACAUCAUUGGUGAUGCCAUAGCUGAAUGUGCAGAGGACCUGAGCUGGAGAAAAGGACAGCAGGAAUGCAGGAGAACAAUGUGCAGUGCGCCCCACCUCCAGAGUAACGUUGCAGGGACGCCCUUGAAACAGUCUUAUCAGAUUGGAGAGGGACUCGCCCUGUCUUGUCCUAAUGACAUGCAGAUAGAGGGGCCGGAGGAGGUCAGGUGUAGUUCUUCCCUGAACUGGUCUCCAUCUCCAGAGAAUGUUAAGUGCAUGGCCAAAGUACAAUCCACCCAAGUACCCCAGCUGGACUGCAAACCAUGGGAAAAACUCGGGAAGGGUCGAUGUGUCUGUAAAGUGCCAUACGAGUGCAAACCGUCCCUGGAGCUGUGUGCCUCCCUCCAUACGGGUAGGGUACGAAGAAUGGGCGUUUGCCAGCUGGGGGCCCUUCAGUGCCUGGGCCAAAAGUUCAAGUUGCUCCAAGACAGUGUAUGCGAGUGGCCAGAGCGAAAGCUGACUUCCUGUCAAGACUGCCAGUCGUGGGAGAAAUGCGAAGGACUGAAGUGUGAAUGUAAGGAGCCAGAGGAAUGCCCUGAUGACUCCAGCCACCUGUGUGUCUCCCUGGGAGAGGAUGGUGUCGCUACGACGAUGACGGAAUGCGAGGCAGGGGCUUGGAGGUGCAGCGGCGAGAAGAUUACAGUGGUCAACAUAGGAGGCUGUCAGUCAUAAAAAAAAAAAAAAAACUCGAAUUGAGGGACCAUUAGAAUAAUGUACAGAAACUGAAUGUAUAGAAUUAGACAAGUCAUUUUUAUGGUGCUAAUUGCUGUAGCAUUUAAAAUGUGUGCUGGGUGUAGACUGUCUAUAGGAGAUAUAAUGUUUUAUCCUAAUUAUUUUUUACAUAGUGCAUGAUUUGUCCGAAAUGAUAUAUAAUAAAAAGGGUUUUUUUAAAGAAGAACAUUUUGCCAUAAAAAGUAUUACUCGUUGUGCAUUUUGACAAGGUGAGAUUUGAUUUGUAAUAACACUAGUUUAACUGGAGGUUCAGAAGCACAAUCUUCUUAUUAUUAUUCUUUUUCUUCUGAAGUUCAUGUGGGAUACAUUGAUUCAUAAAGCUUUUAUUUAAUCACAUGGUGACUAGAAAUGAAAGAAAUACCAGUGCUUCAGUUUUUAGACAUAAAGAUGGUCUAUAUUUUAUUCAUACAAAACAAACAAUUUACAGUUGAUAUAACCACAAAACAUAUUUGCAAAUCACACAAAUCCAAUAAAUUUGGAAAGGUUAAGAUAUUU